AUGGGCGCCCGCGGAGCCCGGCGCGUCGCCGGCUGCCUGCUGCUCUGCUGGGCGCUGGCCGCCGCCCGCGCCGCCCCGCGGAGGAGACCCUCGUUCGCCGGCCACGUCGCGGAGAACCGUCCGGCGGGCACGCGUGUGCGCGGGCUGAGCGUCCCCCUGACGCGGCUGGGGCGCGAGCCCUGGUGCGCCAAGGUGCAGGGGCGCCGCUGGCACCUGCAGCUGCUGGGCGAGGGCCGCUCGCACUUCCAGGUGUCGCUGCACGCCCGCACGGCCCGCGUGUGGCUGCGCACCACCCGCCCGCUGGACCGCGAGGCGCGGGCGCUCUACUCCUUCCGCCUGGGCCUCUGCUGCAAGCGCUGCCCGCCCCGCGGCGCCGCGGCCGCCGAGCUGGCCGCCCUCACCGUCCGCGUGCUGGACGACAACGACAACGCGCCGCGCUUCGUGGGGGGGCCGCGCCCCGGCGUCACGCAGCUCCGCGUGGAGGAGACGCUGGCGCUCAAGUCCCAGGUGUGGCAGGCGCGCGCCGAGGACGCGGACGCGGGCGCCAACGCGGAGCUGCGCUACUUCGCCCUCCCGCGCAGCGCGCACUUCUUCGUCGUGCCGCGCAGCGGGCGCGUGGUGCUCGUGCGCUCCCUGCUCCACCUGCGCGCGCCCAUCCCGCUGCGCCUCUACGCGCGGGACCGCGGGCGGCCGGCGCUCCUCAGCGAACCCCUGCAGCUGGAAGUGCUGCCGCAGGCCAAGCGGCUGCCGCCGCCGCCACGCGCCGCCGCCCGCCGCCGCCGCCGCCGCCGGGCCGUGCUGCCGCCCGCCGCGCCCCUGGCGCUCUCCCUGCCCGAGAACGCCCGCCCGGGCAGCCGCCUGGCCACGCUGGCCCCGGCGCGCUUCGCCUCCGCCUGGUUCGAGCUGGUGUCGCCGCCCGUCGAGGAGUCGCCGGUGCGCGUGGAGCGGGAGAGCGGCGAGGUGACGCUGGCCGCGGCCCUGGACAGGGAGGCGGCGGCCGCCUGGGAGCUCGUCGUCCGCGUCCGGGAGCGCCGAGGAAAGGAUUGGUACUCGGUGCACUUAUUACUUACUGUGACAGACGUGAACGACAAUGCACCCGAAUGGGCCAUGGAGCCCUUCCCGUUCUUGGCUGUGGUUUCCCCUGAAGCUGCGGGAGGUACUGAAGUAUACAAGCUGCUUGCUGUGGAUGCAGAUGAGGGGAUCCAUGGAGCUGUAGAAUAUUUUCUCUUGGAAGGUGGUGAAGGCAGAUUUGAAGUUGAGAAGGACACUGGCUGGAUUAAAACGACAGGUUUGCCAUUGGUGAGGGACAACGAGUAUUUACUGACUGUACUAGCAGCAGAUAAACUUGGAAGCAGAGGGUCUCCAGCCUCUGUUUCUGUAAUUGCUGGAUUUCGACCACCACAGUUCACCAACAUAUCAUACUUUGUUAAUGUUCCUGAAAGUAUGCCACAAGGAAAAUCCUUUCUUACAGUCACUGCUGUAUCAUACCAAAAGAAAUCCCUGAGCUACAGUUUCCUGACUAAUCCUGGUGGUCUGUUCAGUAUUGAUUGGGCAGCAGGAGAUAUCAGUUUAACUCGGAGUGUGGAUUAUGAGAGUGACCAACACCAGUAUCUUCUUUUGGUCAGAGCAGAGGAAAAUGAAGAACAGCUCAGUAGUGCAGCUGAGGUUUUGGUUGUAAUCACAGAUGUGAAUGAUUGUGCCCCCGAAUUCCAUCAGUCAAUUUACAGCAAAGUUGGUGUUCCUGAAACGGUUACUAUGACAACUGCACUUCUACAAGUGACAGCCACUGACUGCGAUUCAAAAGAGAAUGCCGAAUUACUAUAUCACACUUUGAGUCAAGACUUCAGUAUUACUUCUCAUGGUACUAUUUUUCCAGCAACACGGUUGGACUAUGAGCGACCUAACCAUCUUUAUGAGUUCAUAAUUAUGGCUGUAGAUAAAGGGGAAGAGCCGAAGACUGGGACAGCAACUGUAAGGAUCCAUGUUUCAAAUGUGAAUGAUGAAGCACCUGAAUUUUCCCAGACAAUCUACAGGAGUUUUGUUUCUGAAGAUGCAGGCCCAAACACACUGAUUGCUACAGUUAAUGCUGUUGACCCUGAUGGAGAUGCUGUGACAUAUGAUAUUGUGUCUGGGAAUCAAAAAGGAAACUUCGUUAUUGACCCUAAGAAAGGGCUAGUUAGACUUCGUUCAAGUCCGUUUCCUAAGCUGCAGGGGACAGAAUAUGUACUUUAUGUCACAGCUACUGAUGAUAAUGCCUCUCGAGGGCCCCAUUCUCUUACAAGUACUGCCCAGGUUGUCGUGAAAAUUGAUGACGUCAACAAUGACAAACCUGUCUUUCAGAAGUGUCAGUAUUAUCGGGAACAUGCUUCUGUAUUGGAAAACCAGCCUUCAGGGACAGUUGUACUGCAGGUUGAGGCCACUGAUGCUGAUGAAGGAGCCAAUGGUAUAGUGAAAUAUGGCUUGAUGCACAGAGGUGGUGUCCUACCAGCAUUCAGUAUUCAUCCUGACACAGGAAUUCUGACAACUGUUCAGGUAUUUGAUCGAGAAAAACAGAGGGAAUAUCCUGUCACUGUGACAGCAACAGAUCAGGCAGCAGAACCGCUCAUUGGAAUAUGUCAGAUAAAUAUUAUCAUCCUGGACCAAAAUGACAAUGAUCCCAGAUUUGAAAACACCCACUAUGAAUAUUUCCUAAGAGAGGACACAAGAGUUGGGACCAGCUUUCUUCGUAUUGCAGCCCAUGAUGAUGACUACAGCUCAAAUGCUGCCAUUACAUAUUCUAUAGCAAAUGAAGAACCAAAUUAUUUACAAAUUAAUCCUACUACAGGCUGGGUGUUUGUGAACCAACCCAUAUCUCGGAGGUCAUCUAUAAUUCGAGAGGUUAUUGCUACAGAUGGAGGUAAUAGGAGCAGUAAAGUUGAACUUGCGGUAACUAUUACCAGUGCAAAAAAUCAGCCUCCACAGUGGGAAAGAGACAGCUAUGAAGUUGUUAUUCCAGAGAAUACUACACGAGAUGCAUCAAUUUUGACAAUCAAAGCAACUUCUCCCCUUGGUGAUCCCCGUGUGACUUACAACCUGGAAGAGGGACUUGUUCCGGAGACCAACAUGCCAGUUCGUUUCUACCUGACUCCAAACAGACAUGAUGGUUCUGCUUCAAUCCUGGUAGCUGAGCCACUAGAUUAUGAAACAACAAAGAGCUUUCUGCUGAGGGUUCGAGCACAGAACGUUGCUGCAGUUCCUCUGGCAGCAUUCGCUAUGGUCUAUAUUAAUGUAACAGAUGUCAAUGACAAUGUCCCAUUCUUCACUUCAUCUAUUUAUGAAGCCUCAGUAACAGAGGGAGCUGGUGUUGGGACAUUUGUUGUUCAGGUGUCUGCCACUGACCUUGACCUUGGUCAGAAUGGUGAGAUAACUUACUCCCUGUUACAUGACAGUGGCAGAGACUACACAUAUUUUCGCUUGGACUCACAGACAGGCUCGAUAUACAGUGCCUCAGUGUUUGAUAGAGAGAAGAAGCAGUCCUAUCUUCUAGAAGUCAAGUCAGUAGAUGGCUCUGAAUCGGCUCGACCUGGAAAACAUGGGAAGCCAAACUCUGACACGGCCUACGUGCGUGUUUUUAUCAGCGAUGUGAAUGAUAACAAGCCUGUCUUCACUCAGAGUGUCUAUGAAGUAAAUGUGGAUGAAGACCAGGAUGUGGGCUCAACUGUCAUUACAGUCAGUGCUAAUGAUGAAGAUGAAGGAACAAAUGCUAAAUUACGGUAUCAGAUCACAGCUGGAAACACAGGAGGAGUACUUGAUGUAGAACCAGAAACAGGAGCCAUUUUUAUUGCCCAACCACUGGAUUAUGAAGAAACAAAAAUGUAUGAGAUUCACUUGUUGGCCUCUGACGGGAAAUGGGAAGAUUAUGCAGUUAUCAUCAUCAAUGUCAUUAAUAAAAAUGAUGAGACUCCAGUUUUCUCUAUCAAUGAAUACUAUGGAAGUAUAAUUGAGGAACUGGAUGGGUUACCAGUCUUUGUACUUCAGGUUAUGGCAAAUGAUCCUGAUAGUAAUGUGGAUGAAGGAGAUUUGAGAUACUCAUUGCACGGGCAUGGUGCAGCUGAUAUUUUCACAAUAGAUGAGAAAACGGGCAGCAUUUACUCACACAAGAUGCUGGAUCGGGAAGAGAGCGCAUUGUGGAGAUUUGUUGUAUUGGCUACUGAUGAAGGUGGAGAAGGACUUACGGGAUUUGCUGAUGUAAUUAUUAAUGUGUGGGAUAUAAAUGACAAUGCACCCAUGUUCACAUGCAUGCCUCAUGAUUGCAAUGGGAGUGUCUUUGAAAAUUCUCCUGCAGACACGUUAGUCAUGGAAAUGGGUGCAGUUGAUCGUGAUGAUCCAAAUGUAGGUCUUAAUGCUGUCCUGACUUACAGGAUAACAGAGAAUGUAAAAAAUGAGUUUGGUACUGACAUGUUUAAUAUCAAUCCCAAUACUGGUACAAUCCAUGUAGCGGGGGGAACGCUAGACAGAGAAAGGACUGACAAUUAUUUUCUUACUGUUGAAGCAAGAGAUGGGGGAGGACUAACAGGAACUGGCACUGCCACUAUCUGGAUUGCAGACAUCAAUGAUCAUGUACCUGAAUUCACAAAAAAGAAGUGGCAGGCAACAAUUCCUGAGAACAGUGCCAUCAACUCAGAAGUUCUGCAAGUGUGCGCUACAGAUGCGGAUGUUGGGGACAAUGCUGACUUAAUAUUCAGUAUCAUCGGGGGAGACCCAGAUCAGAAGUUUUCUAUUGAGAAUGACAAAGAAUGGCAAUGUGCCACUAUUCGACUGAAAAAAAAAUUGGAUUUUGAGAAUGCACGUGAAAAGCAGUUUAAUCUUACUAUUACAGUGGAAGAUUUUGAUUUUUCUAGUAUUGCAGUGUGCCUCAUUGAAGUUGAAGACUCUAACGACCACAGCCCAGUUUUCCUUUCUCAGUUUAUUCAGACAGGCCAUUUCUUUGAAAACACGCCUGUAGGUACUACGGUAACCACAGUGAGAGCUGCAGACAAGGAUUCUGGUUUGAAUGGGAACAUUAUAUAUUCUAUAAAGUCAGAUUCGGAUCCUAUGAGACAGUUUGUGGUUGACCAACAUGGCCACGUGAUUGUGGCAAAUACACUAGAUCGUGAAGUCAUUCAAAAAUACAGUUUAAUUGUACAAGCUUCAGAUCGAGGGACACCUGCCCGCACUGGAAGCAUUACAGUUUUGCUUAACUUGCUUGAUGUUAAUGACAAUGGACCAAGGUUUGAGGCACCGUACAUGCCUGUAGUUUGGGAAAAUCUAUUGAGGCCUGAAAUAGUGUAUAUGAACCACACAUCAAAACUGCUUCAUGCAUUUGAUCCGGACAGUGAGGAAAAUGGGCCACCCUUUACAUUUUCUUUGCCACCAGAUUAUGAGACUUCUCUGGACUUUUCUCUUACUGACAACAGAAAUAACACAGCAACUGUAACUGCUUUGAAGUCCUUUGACAGAGAAAAGCAGAAGGUGUUUCAUCUGCCAAUAGUUAUAACAGAUAGUGGGAUUCCAGCUAUGAGCUCUACAAACACCCUAACUAUAACAAUUGGUGAUGAAAAUGACAACUGCCAUGAGUCUGGCCAUAAGGAAGUCUAUGUGUACAGUUACAAAGGAAAAUGGUCAACGACAGUGCUUGGGGAAGUGUUUGCACCAGAUCAAGAUGACUGGGACAAUAAAACAUUUCUUUCUGAAGGAAAACUGCUCAAGUCUUUCAGAUUAAAUCAGAGGACUGGUUCUUUGAUGAUGGUGGAUAACACUCCUCAAGGAAUAUACAACUUAAAAGUUAGAGUUUCUGAUGGAGUUUGUCCUGAUGUUAUAUCUACAGUACAAAUCCACGUCAAAGAGCUGGAAGAUGAAGCCAUACAAAACUCAGCCACUGUGCGUCUAUCAGGUGUCACAGCAGAGGAGUUCAUAAGGAGAGAUGAACAUGGCAAAAGGAGACAUGACAAGUUCAAGGAAUUACUAGCAAAAAUGCUAUCUGCUAAGCUUAGUGAUAUCAUUGUCUUCAGUGUGAUGAACAUUGAUGGAAGACAGACAGAUGUACGAUUUGCAGUCCGUGAUGGCUCGGCAUUUUACAGACCUGAGAAACUGCAUGCUGAGAUGGCAGCAUUUAAAAACGAGAUCCAGCCAGCUUUACAGUUGAACAUUUCACAGAUUGAUGUAGACGAAUGUAGGAGUGCAAAUUGUAGUGAGGGUAACAGUUGUACAAACUACCUCACCGUGAGUGACAUCCCAACUGUGACGGAUACUGGAAGCGUGUCGUUUGUCUCAGUAACAGCCACCAUCAAUGCGGUCUGCGCCUGCUCAGCUAGGGACCGAGUUCAUCAGUCUUGUUCUUCCUACCCUCGAAGCCCUUGUCUCAAUGGUGGGAUGUGUAUUGACACUUUGAAUGGUUACAGAUGUCUUUGUCCUGCUUCGUUUCAUGGACCAGACUGCCAGCAGACUAAGCACAGUUUCCAUGGAAAUGGUUAUGCAUGGUUUCGUCCCAUCAGGCCUUGUUUUGAAAGCUCACUCUCUCUAGAGUUUAUUACUGUGGUUCCAGAUGGACUUUUACUAUAUAGUGGCCCUUUAUCAAAUCCAGAACCUGGGAGUACAGAAAACUUCAUUGCAAUAGAACUCUCCAGUGGUAUUCCUGUGCUGAAGAUGAGCCAUGGCUCAGGUCUUGUGAUGCUGCAGUUUCCAAGUCACCUGAAUGUAGCAGACAAAAAAUGGCAUCAACUGGAAGUCAGAACCAAUGGUCAGGAUGUUCGAUUCACUUUGGAUCACUGCAGUGCAGCUGUUAUUUCAGAGGUAGAAGGAGUAGGCAAAUGGCUGUCCGCUGAAGAUCGUACAAAUUGUGAAGUCUUUGGGUCUGUUCCACGAAGAGCAAGGUAUUUGAAUGUGAACCAUGUUCUACAGCUGGGUGGUGUGAAAGAAUCAUUACCAUAUUCCUACCCACAAUUGCAACACAAACACUUUUCUGGUUGUUUACGCAAUUUCAUCUUGGAUACUCAGGUAUAUGACCUUCAGUCUCCUGCAGAGUCCCUGAAUAGCUUCCCUGGCUGCACACUUACGGAUGGGAGCUGUGAGACCGUGGGGUCUUCUUCCUGUGGUAUUCAUGGGAGAUGUCUUGGAGACUGGGGCUCAUUUGCUUGUCAUUGUUUACCGGGUUACUAUGGCUAUCGAUGUGAUAAAGUUGCCAAGGAAUAUACCUUUGAGCCAGGAAGUCACAUUCGCUAUCAGCUUCCCAUCAGUGUGCCUGCCCGUAGGACGCUGUUUGAAGCCAUGAUUAGGACACGGCAGCCUGACAGUGUCAUCACGAGCAUGUUGUCUCGAAAUAAGGACGAACACAUCACCCUACAGGUUGUUCAGGGAUUCUUAGUGGUGUCAUAUAACCUGGGUGAUGGAGACUAUUCUGUAAGCCUUCCCUCCUACCACAUUGAUAAUGGUGAAUGGCAUCAUAUCACACUGGAGAGAAAUGAAAAUGAAUUUACUCUUCGCCUUUAUGAAGGAGGUGGGAAGAGAGAAAUUCUGAAAGCAGCAGGAAUAUACAAAGAGAUUGUGAUUGACCCCAGCAGCUUGGUCCUUGGAAACACCUACCCAUUCAAUCAAAACAAGAGUUUUCAAGGAUGUAUGAAGGAUGUCAGAUUUAAUAACUACAGAAUCCCUCUGGACACUCACGUGAAGGAGCUGGUGUCAGUAUUAAGUGCCCAAGGCGUCAAAGAAGGCUGUUCUUCAGAAGCUUGUAGGAAUAACCCUUGCAACCAGGAAUUUAUUUGUAUUGAUUUGUGGAUGAUGCAUGAAUGCAGUUGCCCUCCGGGACACAUGAUCAUGGAGAAUGCCACUGGUAGACAGUGUGUCUACACUGCAUGUGCUAAAAGGCCCUGUAACUAUGGUACCUGCAUCUCGCAGUCGCCAACCAAGUUCCAAUGUCACUGCCCUGAUGGCUAUACUGGACGUAACUGUGAAAUCACACUGGCGAUCUUUCACAAGGAUACAGGCCUGAGCUUUAGUUCCAUGUUUGCCAUCUGCAUUUGCUUUUUGGCGCUGUUAGCUCUGUUCAGUGCUGUAUUCUGGUGGGCUCGCUGGAAGAGUCGCAAAGGUCUGAGCGGAGGAGUUGACCACCUAUCUGCGCAUCAUGAGGAUUUGGAGGACAUCAGAGAAAAUAUCCUCAACUACAAUGAAGAAGGGGGUGGGGAACAAGACGAAGAUGCAUACAACAUGGCAGAACUGCAGGUGUCUAUUCAAACCAGCCCAGCCUGUUCCCUCUACAAGAAGAAAGAAAAACCAACAAAACCAAUCAUUUUUCUCCGUGACGCGUCCCCAGGCACGCAGGAGCAGACCAAGCCACCAGCGAGUACAGAAGCCUCUUUGGCCAGCGCAGACUUUGGUCAGUACUUGUCAGAUGUUGUCAGAGAUGCCGACCGUCAUCCCCAGGCCGUGCCCCAAGACUCAGCGCAGGUGUUCUGCACCGAAGGAGAGGGCUCGGUUGCUAGCAGUCUCAGUACCCUCAGCUCCUCUGGACCGGAUGAGGGUAUAGUGUAUGAUGACAUUAAAGAGUGGGGACCAAAGUUUGAGAAACUAAGUGAACUGUACUCACAUAUAGAUGCAGAAGACCUGUAGAUUACCAAGUGUACUGUUUUCAGAGUUUUGGAAGCAAGGGUGAAGGACAGUUUUUCAUGCUCCUGCUAUGUACUACCCCCACCCCUCCCUUUUUUUCCCUGUUACGAGAGGUGGUCACGUUCCUGCUAAUGAGCCACACUUUGCAUCUAUUUGAUAAAUUUAGUAGUAGGAGCUAAGCUUGGGACAUUCUGGACAUUUACGUUUGGAGAUACAAACUUACUGGGAAGAACAAAGGGAGAAUUUGGGGUACUUAGUCAUUCACAUACAGUGUUUAAGAAAUAGAUUUUUUUGUCACUAAGGUCAUGAAGGACUCUUUGAGAGAUCCUAUGUACAUAAGCUAAGAUGGUGCUCAAAGCAGGAAGGCGGCAUGCUGUGUGUACUGUUUUCAGUAGGAGCUUUAGCAGUUAUUUGAAGAAAAAAAGCACAUUGUCUUUUUCUGGUGGAAAUAAAGUCCACGUUGUAUUACAGCCAUCUUGUUUCCCUGACUGAGCCUCAGUUACAGCACCUGCUCACUGAACAUAGUGCAGAUGAGAGUCCAUGGAUCCAGGUAAAGGAAUGGAGCAGCACGGAUGGUGAUCCAUAAGUUAUAACUUAAUGAAAUCCCUUUAUGCUGUCAUAUGAAUGCAGAAACUGAAUUUAGGUACAACACAUCAAGUCAGCGGCUUGCAACUAAAUACUUUUCUUAAUUAAAAGGCCAGGUUUUCUAAGAUACUAGCCUCAAAGGUCACUAGUUAGGAAUUUCAGUAGCAAACACCACAGUUCACCAUAAUCUCUCAUUCCUAAUGGGCUACUAAACUGAGCCUAAACUAAGGACCGGCCUGAACCACGUCAUUUGCAUCUACAAUCCUGUCCCUCACGUUUUGCUAAACCUCCUUUCAUAGAAGCAUUGCAAGAAUUAGGUUUGAGAGGCUGGAGAUUGACUGUUCUAAUAGAAGCACUGACCAACUACAAUUGUAGCCAGGUAAUGCCUUGCCAGGAAGAGCUGACUGGGGAUAUAGAUGCAUUUUCAGUGAAGAAGAAACCCUGCAUCCCUUGGAGGUUGUCAAAAUGCCCCGUGUCUUUAGGAUGUCAGAAGACUGAAAGUCUUUCCUGUAUCCAAAAAAGGAACUUCACCCAGCACUGGGACUUGUAAAACUAAAAGCCUGUGAUAAACAAAACCUGCCAAAAGUCUAAGAAUUCAAAGAUGGUAAUUUUCCAAAAACCAUGAAUGACAGCACAUAAUAAUACAGGCCUCCCUCAGAGACAUUUUAGUAGAAAAUCGGGAUCAACUGGGGACAGAGAAACAUGGGGGAAAAACUAACAGCGGUUGCAGGGGGCGGAAUAUUAUGCUCUAAAUUAUCGGUCCCUUUUCAGAUGAUUUAAUGUCCAGCUAGUAUGCUGGAUUUUUUUUUUUAAAACCUAACAAAAUUCGGAAGAGAGAAGGCUCCAUAAAAUUAAUUUUAUUUAUUUUUUUUAAAUUGAGACCACUUGUAUAUAUAAAUGGAGUAAAGUGUGGCAAGAACACAAUCUUAUUUUGUGGUGUUUCUUUAGAAUAUGUAAAUUAUAUAUUAUCAGCUGAUAAUAUGAAUAUAUCAUGGAUUCUAAGACACUUUCUUUCAUUAAAACAAAGCAUAAAACAAUGUAUUGUAAAACAUUAAAACUGCUGUGCUUACAGUUGCAUCAGUAGUUUGUGUUGGGAGGUCUGGCUUUCAUUUUUCUACAUAAAUUAAAAAACAAGCAAAUAGGUCAAUGCAGUCUGCAGGCUAGAUUAAUUUGCACGUUUCCCAAGUGAGAAAUGUUCACACGGUAUCUUGUUCUUGCAUGCAUUUGUGACACACUUUGGAAAAUCUUGAGCAGACAAUUAACCGAUGGUUACACACUGCAGAUGAUGUGGCAUUUUCAUCUGGAAAAGCUAACUGCCAUUUUUACCCAUACCUAAUAGUUUUGCUUCACAGACGGUACCUAGGCUAUCAUUUUGUGAUUUUACUGAUACGUUUACCUGUGAGGAAACAUAGGCUAAAAUAUCUUGCACUGUUCACAAGUCGGGUAUGUCAGCUUCUUCAUUUCAUAAUCAUAGCAGUCACAACCAGGAUAUGGAAAAUGAAGUAAAUAUAUAUUAUGCACAAAAAUCUGUUCCUUCCCCAAACAGCAGUAAUUUUGUCUGCAUACCUUGUGUUCUUUCCAUAACUAUGGCUAUGCUGUCAUUUUGGCUGGUUUUAAUUUAAUUUAGCUUGUAAGCUCCUUGGGGCAAGGACUGCCUUUAUUUGCCUGUGA